UCCCCAGCACAGGAAGCAGCGUACAGCCCGAGACCGGCGCUCUCUGUAGGACACGCUGCUCCGGGGUCUCCGUUCUGUGCUGAGAGGGUUCCUGUCCCCCCCCCGCGCCUGCUAGAGCCACCAUGCCUCCCACCAUCCAGCACCCCGACACUGCAGUCUCCACACAUGAAGAACUAGAAUCAAUUCUCCAGAAGCGGAUCAUGGUCUUGGAUGGCGCGAUGGGCACCAUGAUCCAACAGCAUACUCUUUCAGAAGAGUCCUUCAGGGGGCAGGAGUUUGUAGACCAUUGCAAAUCUUUAAAAGGCAAUAAUGAUCUUCUAAGCAUCACCCAGCCGGAUAUCAUCUACAAAAUUCACAAGGAGUAUUUGCUCAGUGGAGCAGAUAUUGUGGAGACCAACACAUUCAGCAGUACAAGUAUUGCACAGGCAGACUAUGGCCUUGAACACCUGGCCUACCGCUUGAAUAAAGUCUCUGCAGAAGUAGCAAGAAAAGCAGCAGAUGACGUAUCAUGUGAGACAGGGGUAAAAAGGUUUGUGGCAGGAGCUAUGGGGCCAACUAAUAAGACCCUGUCUGUGUCCCCCUCUGUUGAGAGGCCAGACUACCGAAAUAUCACAUUUGACGAGCUCGUGGAUGCUUACGCAGAACAGGCGAAAGGUCUUUUGGAUGGUGGGGUUGACAUUUUACUGGUGGAAACUAUUUUUGAUACUGCUAAUGCCAAAGCAGCACUGUUUGCCAUCCAGAAGCUGUUUGAAGAGGACUACAAGCCUAGACCUAUAUUUAUUUCUGGGACCAUUGUAGACAAAAGUGGACGAACACUUUCUGGACAAACAGGGGAGGCAUUUGUCAUCAGUUUAUCACAUGCUGAGCCCUUGUGCAUUGGCUUAAACUGUGCUUUGGGAGCUGUUGAAAUGAGGCCUUUCAUUGAAUCCAUUGGGAAAUGCACAACAUCCUAUGUUAUCUGUUACCCUAAUGCAGGUCUCCCGAACACUUUUGGUGGUUAUGAUGAAACGCCAGAAGUGACGGCUAAGCACAUUAAGGACUUUGCCAUGGAUGGUUUGGUGAAUAUUGUUGGUGGCUGCUGUGGAACGACUCCAGCACAUAUCAGAGAAAUUGCAGAAGCAGUGAAGCAUUACAAACCAAGAGUCCCUCCUUCCACUGUGUCUGACGACUGCAUGCUGCUUUCUGGUUUGGAACCGUUUAGAAUGGGGCCUUAUACUAACUUUGUUAAUGUUGGGGAGCGAUGUAAUGUGGCUGGGUCAAGAAGAUUUGCCAAGCUCAUUAUGGCUGGACAUUAUGAGGAAGCACUGACCGUUGCAAAAGCGCAAGUAGAGAUGGGGGCGCAAAUCCUUGACAUCAAUAUGGAUGAUGGAAUGCUGGAUGGCCCCAGAGCCAUGACACGGUUUUGUAAUUACAUUGCUUCUGAACCCGAUGUUGCUAAGGUACCACUGUGUAUUGAUUCGUCCAACUUUGAGGUGAUUGAGGCUGGGCUUAAAUGCUGCCAAGGAAAAUGUAUAGUGAACAGCAUCAGUCUAAAAGAGGGAGAAGAAGACUUCCUGGCAAAAGCGAAAAAGAUAAAAAUGUUUGGAGCUUCGGUGGUGAUCAUGGCUUUUGAUGAAGUGGGGCAGGCUGCGGACGCCGAGACCAAAAUCAGCAUCUGCACAAGAGCAUACAACCUCCUGGUUAAUAAAUUGAGGUUUAACCCCAAUGAUAUAAUUUUUGACCCAAAUAUCUUAACCAUUGGCACUGGCAUGGAGGAGCAUGACAAGUAUGCCAUACACUUUAUUGAAGCUACUAAAGCAAUAAAGGAAACUCUGAAAGGAGCUAGGGUCAGCGGUGGACUUUCCAACCUUUCUUUCUCUUUCCGAGGCAUGGAUGUUAUUAGAGAAGCCAUGCAUUCUGUGUUUCUAUACCAUGCUAUUAAGGUUGGCAUGGACAUGGGGAUAGUGAAUGCAGGAAGUCUUCCGGUCUAUGUUGACAUUGAUAAAGAGUUACUUCAGCUAUGUGAAGAUAUCAUUUGGAAUAAGGAUCCUGAAGCAACAGAGAAGCUUUUAAAAUAUGCACAGACCACAGCUAAAGGUGGUAAAAAGGUUAUCCAGACUGAUGAGUGGAGAAAUGGGUCUGUGGAGGAGAGACUAGAAUAUGCUCUGGUCAAGGGCAUUGACAAAUAUGUCAUUGAAGACACCGAGGAGGCAAAAGCAAAUAAAGAAAAAUAUACAAGACCCCUCCACAUUAUCGAAGGGCCCCUAAUGAAUGGCAUGAAGGUUGUUGGAGAGCUGUUUGGUGCUGGAAAGAUGUUCUUACCACAGGUGAUAAAGUCUGCCCGGGUCAUGAAGAAGUCAGUGGGAUAUCUAAUUCCCUUUAUGGAGAAAGAGAGAGAAGAGAUGAGGGCUAUAACUGGAAAUACAGAAGAAGAAGAUGAUCCAUAUCAAGGAACCAUUGUAAUUGCUACGGUUAAAGGGGAUGUGCACGACAUUGGCAAGAAUAUUGUUGGCGUGGUGCUUGGCUGCAACAAUUUCAGGGUUAUCGACUUGGGAGUCAUGACUCCAUGCGAUAAAAUUCUGCGCGCUGCCAUUGAAAAUAAAGCUGAUAUAAUCGGUUUGUCUGGCCUGAUCACCCCUUCCUUGGAGGAAAUGAUCUUUGUUGCCAAAGAAAUGGAGCGUCUCUCAAUAAGGCUUCCAUUAUUGAUUGGCGGAGCAACUACUUCUCGGACACACACCGCUGUGAAAAUAGCUCCACGUUACAGUUCCCCUGUAAUCCAUUGUUUGGAUGCUUCCAAAAGUGUUGUGGUUUGUUCACAACUACUGGAUGACAAUGCCAAGGUAGACUUCAUAGAAGAGAUAGCAGAAGAAUAUGAAGAUAUCCGCCAGGAUCAUUAUGACUCUUUGAAGGAGAGAAGAUAUCUGUCUCUACAGCAAGCAAGAGAUAAAGGACUCCAUAUUGACUGGCUUUCUCAUCCAGUUCCAGUAAAACCAAAGUUUUUAGGAACACGAGUUUUCAAGAACUAUGACUUGGAGAAACUUUCUCAGUAUAUUGACUGGAAGCCUUUUUUCGAUGUGUGGCAACUGCGAGGAAAAUACCCUAACAGAGGAUUUCCAAAAAUCUUUAAUGAUAAAACAGUUGGGGAAGAAGCGAAGAAAGUGUAUGAGGAUGCACAAAACUUACUACAAGUCUUAAUACGACAAAGAAAAUUUGAGGCCCGAGGCAUUGUCUGCAUCUGGCCAGCUCAAAGUGUACAAGAUGACAUUGUUUUAUAUUCUGAGGAGCAUGACUUGCAUUCUUCAGAGCCUAUUGCUACUUUUUAUGGCCUAAGGCAGCAGGCUGAGAAAGACUCUGCAUCUACAGAUCCAUACUACUGUCUGUCGGAUUUUGUAGCCCCACUCGAUACUGGAGUGCGUGACUACUUGGGCAUCUUUGCCGUGGCCAUCUUUGGUGUGGAGGAGCUUAGCAAAGCUUAUGAGAAUAAGGGAGAUGAUUACAACAGUAUCAUGGCGAAAGCCCUUGCAGACAGGCUAGCUGAGGCAUUUGCUGAGGAACUCCAUGAAAGAGUAAGAAAGGAACUGUGGGGUUACUGCAGUGAGGAAACCCUGAAUGUUGCUGACCUUCGCAGAAUUCGCUACGAAGGCAUUCGCCCGGCUCCAGGAUAUCCCAGUCAGCCUGAUCACACAGAGAAAAUCACCAUGUGGAAGCUGGCAAGCAUAGAGGAAGCUACAGGAAUAAAGUUGACAGAAUCACUUGCCAUGUCACCCGCCGCUGCAGUGUCUGGUUUAAUGUUCUCCAGUCCAAUGUCCAAAUAUUUUGCUGUUGGAAAAAUUACUAAAGAUCAGGUUGAAGAUUAUUCACGCAGAAAACACCAGACAGUGGAAGAAGUUGAAAAGUGGCUUGGUCCCAUCCUCGGCUAUGACCCUGAAGAAUAAAACAACUCUUGACACAAAGGACCUGUAUCUGGACUUUACAAUAUGCUGCUCACCUGACCUAUUUCUAAAGGUCCCAUACUUGGAAACAGGAUUCUUUUCCUUACGGAUGGGUCUUUUUUUACUGGAACCCUCGCUUAUUUUUGUCACCUUUUCAUGACUUUGUAAAACCACUUACAGAGGUUGUCCAUGAUUAGGAAAAGCAUGGCUGCUGUCUUUCAUUAACUGCACCACACCUGUCCAUGGAUUGUGUGACUGGUAGCCCAGUUACACUGAAGUCAGUGGAGCUGAGGUGCAGAAUAACACUUGGUGCUGUUCUUUGAAGAAGGCAGCCAUGUUUUACUAAUUCUGGACAACUCCUUUCAUGUUUGACCACAUCCCUGAAUACGUCUUGGUAUUACAUGCUGUUUACUGUAGGUGCCUAAAUUAGGCAAAAUGUAUAUUUAUUAUUAAUGCUCAGUUCAGCUCAAUGGAGAUGGCCAGAGCUGUUAAAUUUCAAAUUUAGAUGGUAAAGUGUAAGCAAUGAUUAAUUUACCUGUGAUUUAAGAUUAUGCACUUACAAUCAGCACAUCUGCGGCCACCAUGCUGGCCAUUGUAGGACCCUUGAUGAAAUUAAUGGCGGUUAGACGUGCUCACCUGUGCGUGCUCUUAAGCUGGCCAUACACUUAAAAGGGUUUUCCCAAAGUGUCAACUUAUCUGUCUACAGGACAGACUUCUGAAGGUCCCUUGUCACUCAGGUCAACCAUAUGUCUAAAGGACUACCAAAGAGGGCAAAGUAAAAGUCCCAUAGAUUUUGAAUGGAACAGCAUUGUGCAUGCUCGACCACCCCUCUUUUCAACACGAAAACAAGGAUCCCCGUUCUUGUGUAGUCGAACCCCCAUUGAUCACACAUCACCUGUCGUUCUAGGUGAAAAUGCAUGUUUAUUUCAAUAUGGGGACCAGUUUGGCAGUACUGUAGCUUAUUUCCUGACAUUAGGGAUGCUCUCAGUUUAGAUGGUUCUAGCUUAUUUAUCUCGAAGUGUACGGCCAGCUUUAAGGAGAUUUUUAUACGUACAUGUUGGUACUUGUUAUUGUCACAUGUCUUGUGAUCUUCUGUCCUUCCCCUGGUGUAAUACCGGUCUGUUAAAUCAAGCUAAAUUCACACAGUACAGUUUAUGAAGUCCUCGCCAGCAGUGAAUCCUACAAGUGCAUUUACAUGACACUUUUUUUUUUGGGUUGUGCAAUCAAAAAUCACACAUGGUUUUUACAGCAGUUUUCAGCUUUGUUUUGGCCACGUGGCUUGUGCAGGUGAAGCCCAUGGGUUGAUAUGUAGUAGCUGUAUAGCCCAAAACCGUAUUGCAAAGCUGUAUGCAGUGUUUGAAAGUAUGGCUAAAACUGCUUCAUGUACAUGCUUCAUGUACUUCUGGACUUGGCAGGAAUAAAAUUUAGUAUUAAAAUAGCACCCAACAUUGUUAAUACCGCUUUUCCUCCUAGAGUGCACUUUAAAUAUUACAUCUAGGGAUGAGCGAAUUGACUUCGAAUGAAACAUCCGAAUUCGAUUCGCAUAAAACUUAGUUUCAAUACUGUACGGAGCUAGCGCUCCGUACAGUAUUAGAAUGUAUUGGCUCCGAUGAG